CACACACACACAAAAUGUCAGCCAAAAACCUCCUCUCCCUCUCCCUUCUUCUCCUCCUCCUCUGCAUCGCCGCCGCCGACACCACCCGACCCGCCUACAAACCCAUCUCUGUGGCGAUCGAAGGCCUGGUCUACUGCCAAAGCUGUCAAAAACUCGGGACGUGGUCGCUGAGCGGCGCCAAGGCAAUCAGCGGAGCGAAAAUCAGUGUGAUUUGCAAGAACCAUAACAACCAAGUGAACUUUUACAAGGUGUAUGAAACCAACAAAGAUGGUUACUUUUAUGCGGAGUUGGUCGGGUACAAAAUGAACCACCCGGUUCUUGAUCACCCGCUUCAAGCUUGUAAGGUCAAGCCUGUUUAUUCCCCACUUUCCGACUGUAACCUUUUGACCAAUCUCAACUAUGGCCUCGUCGGAGCCCCGCUCCGCUACGAGAAAAAGCUUGUCGUCGGUCCCCAUUAUAGAGCUGCCGUUUACGCUGCCGGGCCGUUGGCUUUCCACCCUGAGAAAUGCCUCUAGAUCUUUGAGAAAUAUUACAUUUUAAACUUCUAUAUGUUCUCUCUAUUUGUGGUUUUUUUUCUUUUUUCUUUCUUUUGGUUGUGUUGAAUUGUGUUCAGUUUUGGUGCUAAAUGUAAUGAAAUUUG